AUGGUCAGGACGCCGACCAGUUCUGCGAGCGCCGAUGAGCGCCGUCGGCGCGCGGAGUUGAUGAGUCAUACGUCGAGCGUAGAAGAAAACCGGCUGGUCGUUAUGGGCAAGUACAACCCGCAUAUUUUUGAAGAUACCACGAUGUCGAUUUCGGAGAGUACCCACGAGUACGAGUCGGAGUACCGAUCAUCGAUCACGCCACGUACAGCUACGCGUGUGUCGCGCGGCAUGUCCGGCCUUAGCUCGGCGUCCAGUCAGGCGUCUGGCGGUCGCGUACUAAAGAUCGUCACCGAGAUGGGCAGCUCGACGGUGUCCGGCAUGAGUCCGGCGCUGUCCGCUAAUGCCGCCCAGUCGUUCCUGCAGGCGACCGAGAAAGAAAAGAAAGAAAUGCAGAACCUGAAUGACCGUCUAAGCAAUUAUAUCGAUCGAGUGAAGGGCCUCGAAGCGCAGAAUCGCAAACUCGUGGCUGAUUUGGAAGAUCUGCGCGGCCGCUGGGGUAAAGACACUAGCGAAAUCAAGCUGAAGUACUCGGAUGAGUUGAACGAUGCUCGCAAAUACAUCGAUGACAUGGCCCGCCAAAAGGCCGAAAUCGAAGUGCAAAUCGCUCGCCUCCAAGAGGACAUCGCCGAAUUCCGCAGGAGCCUGACCGAUGCGUUCUUGACGCGCACAAUAGGAAAACUGUUUAUCGUGUUCUUAAGUAACUGCAGUUCAGCGGACUUCUGCGUUUUGAUGCUAUGGGCUAUCAUCUGGACACGACGUGAUGUGCAGUUUUCGUAUAGCGUUAUAAAAUAG